CGGCUAGGCUAGCAGCGCGUAUAUACCGGUACUAUCGGCGUGUCCCGGCAAACACGUUCGUUCGUCAAACUCCUGAACACCGCGUCCUAUCCGCGAUCAUUUUGCGACCGAUUUCUGAGUGUACCCUUACGUAAGUUGCGCGGUAAAUGAAAAUUGUUUCGAGCAAACCGUACGCAUCUUAUUCGAUGAUAUACAACGAGGAUUAGUAGUCGAGAACUUUUCUAAACUCGGUCGGCACUUGUUCGUUUCUCCUCGCGAAUGCGAAAUAAGAGUCGCCGGCUCUUGGCUCGCGCGUUCAGUUUCCUGAUGACAUAAAUGUCCAGUGCUGGAUAAUAAUCGAGUGUCCGUUUUCGUGGAGCAACGAAUUUCGAGCGGACAAAGUGUGUCGGUAGACGAAACGAAGGCUACAAACGCUGCGUGACCCAGAAAAGAUUUUUAGUGGUAACUUUAUCAUCGUAGAGUAGAAUCUCUUAACGGUGCCAAGAAAAAACCAAGUGGGGGCUCGAGGAAUGCGAACGACGUUCUUUCAUCCGAAAGAGGCGGUCGAACUUCGAUUAUGAAAUUCGCGCCGCUCGGAGAACUUAAGAUUCGCGAAUCGUAAAGAACCGAUCGCGUUCUAAUUUCGAAUUGAGAUUCCGGUUGAAAUCAAAUGCGAUCGUUGCCGGCGGACGAAGAUGGAAGAUGAGUUUCGUUUCUGCGAUUCGUCUGGUUUAUGGUUAGAAAACUGGCAGCAAACGGGCACCGCAUCUAUAAAGCGAGUAGUCUAGGCUCGCCGUAGAGUUGACGCACUGCCCGCGGAUCGUUGCGUGAUAUCUCGUGUUUUUUGGAACACGCGGUCGUGUAUGUGUUCCAGGCUCGCGUCUCGUGCCCGUGUACGAAUUUCGCCGUGACUUUUAACGGACCUGGAUUGAGUCGAGCGUGUGCCGAAAGUGCGGUGAGGUAAAAGAGGAAAGUGUUGUGUGGCUUAAUCACGCGGUGAAGAUGGAGGAUACAGAAGGGAAAAUCGUCGUGCCGGGAAUCAGCGUGUCCGUGUUCGUGCUCGCGAGCACGCUGUUCCUCGGCGGUCUGCUUCUCGCGAUCGGCUACCUCGUUCGCCGGUUGUCACGAUCCAGUAAAUCUACAGACUCGAUAAAAAAUGCCGCAGAACCGGAGAAAGUGAAACCGGAAGAUCCAAGGAUCGACGCGACGAGCGGAUCGACCGGGUCGACCGGGAAACGCGCGAAGAGCAAGAAGAGACGCGAGGCCCAGCAGGAGUUUACGCAUUCGUGGAUGGUUGGUGCGUUAAAGGGUCACACCGCCCCUGUCCUCGACAUGAAUUUCUCCAGCAACGGCAAGUUCCUGGCAAGCUGUGCCGAAGAUUGCGGGCUGCGGCCGGAAGAGGAGAUGCUGGACCCUGGCGACACGGAUUCCUACGCCGCCUGCAAGGUGAAGCAAGAGGCACCGACAACCAACAAGCAAGCGUCUAGAUGCAAAAGCAGAUCUUCGACCACGUCGACUGCAUCCAACGACGCAUCCAGUUCGUCAACGACAGCUAGCACAUCGACCGAUUUGUCGCCGUCCGUGAAAGAAGAUCGGGCUAUUCUCAGCCGGAGGCAGCGAAAAAAUCGGACAAGAACCCCUCGGGAUCAGCGCCGUGAAAUUCGGGAGGACGAAGAUGAACAACCGACGCAGGAGAGGCAUCGAUCGAGACACGGUCACUGUUCUACCAGACAUUCCGAAUCGAUGUCCACUAAUGCAAAUCGGAGAGAUUCCACCUCGCGAGGUCAAAUUCCGAACAAUACGCGUCCGGAAGAGAACGAAAGCCAGAUUCCAAUUAGCAUGAGCGGCCAUUCUGUAGAGUCGACUAUCGUGUGGCGCAGUCAAAGAAAUAAAGUGUACUAUUUCAGCGAGACGUGGCUGAAUACUAUGCUACACAGGUACACAUUGACUCAAGAACAAAUGAUGGACAUGGGAUACCCGGUGGAGUGCGGCAUCUACCCGGGUUGCGCCUACAUAAUCAUUCUGCGAAAGCAUCCGACCGGCCACCGUAUUCGCGGCUACCACCGCCUGGACGUGAACGCGCGUGAAUUCGUUCCUGGAAGUGGCAGAAUCUGCCAGAUAGAAAGCGAAGGAGACAGCGGACAUUGUACCGGUAGCUCUGUCGAGAGUUCUGAUUUGGAACAAGAGAGCUCAUCGGACAGUGAUAACAUCGGCGAGUCUUCCGCAUCUAUCGACUCCUCCUCUUCCGGGUCGAGUUAUCAGCAGGAAACUAGAAGAGACCGUAGCCCGAACAUCAACGAAUCCAACAAGCUUCCGAGGAAAUGCGCCAGGUGUUACCAGUACUUCUUCGUGAAUAAGGAAAACGGAGAGUACGUACAAGAAGAAUCCUGCGUAUACCACUGGGGCAAGUUUCGUAACGGUCCUGUGGAUAACAUGUGGGAGUGUUGCCUUGGUCUGGCAAACGAUCGGGGCUGCACCACGGCCGAGAAUCACGUGUGGACGGGUCUAGAUGAGGGUUGCAACGGCCCAUUCCCGAAUUACGUGCGCACGAGGUCAGUGAGCACCGGUUCCGCAGACAUCAACUUGGGUGUUUAUGCCCUCGAUUGCGAAAUGUGCUUCACAAAGCUAGGACUUGAAUUAGCCAGGGUCACAGUCGUCGGCUUAGACGGUGAAAUUGUGUAUGAUACUUUGGUGAGGCCGAUCGAAGAGGUGAUCGAUUACAACACGAGAUUUAGCGGAAUAACAGCAGAGGAUCUCUCGAAAGCGUGGAAGACGCUCACGGACGUUCAAAACGAUCUUACGAGCUUCAUUUACGCGGAGACCAUCCUCAUUGGUCACGGCCUGGAAAACGACCUCCGCGCGCUUAGACUGCUGCACUCGACUGUUAUCGACACGUGCGUGGCCUUUCCGCACGUUUUCGGAUAUCCGUAUCGCAGCAGCUUGAAGACCCUCGCGAGGACAAUUCUGUGGAGGGACAUUCAAGUGGCCGAACACGACUCCGCCGAGGACGCGAGAGUGGUUCUUGAUCUCAUGCUCAGGCGGCUAGAGCUUGAUCUCUUAUAAAAUAGUGAAAGACAAAACGAACUGCCUUCACCGAUUCUGAUGGAUGAAUACGCAUUAGGAUUGUCCAACGAGAUACGAUCACGUCUAUUAUUAAAAAGUGUUGAUACAUGUCUCGAAGCUUGUUACAUAUUUACAAGUAUCGAUUUUGAUAUAUUAUAUCAAUAUUCCGUAGGAUGCGGAUCGAUCUCUUUGGACAAUUGUCACACAAUCCAUCAGAAUCGCUGGGGUCGUUUGUAACUGAUGAACAGUACAUAUUUACGCGUAUUAUAUAAACGUAGUGAACGGACAGUCGGGUUUUCUUAAACGCGAGACGAAGAAACUGUGAAGUAAAACUGAUUUUUGAUUCGUCCGCGUGAUCUCGUGAACUCGAUGGCGGUUCCCAGCACGCGUAAUCGCCUCUUUUUUUUCUGUUUCUUUUUCCGAGUACGGUGGAUCUAUUGUACGGGAACCGAAAAGUAACAAAAAAAAAAACUCUUCCGUCAGUGUUCAGUUCCAAGUGAAGUCUGUGAUACGUUACAUAUACAAGAAGAACAUAACGAAACUCUUAAUGCGCGAUCCGAAAACGUUUUAGUGUUCCCCACAUUUUUUGGGACGCGCUUCUCAUUCGCACAGAUAAAUUCAGAUUCGAGGCGAGUUCACACGGUUCAAGCGUAAUUUAAAUUGAAAAGGUGUAAAAAUAAACGUGAUUGAUUCGUUACAAUUCAAGGUAAAGUGCUUAUACACUUCGCUUCGAAUUUUGUUCAAUUCAAAUUCACUGUCAAUGAGCUCAAUUGUCAUUUAUGCAAAAGUAAACCAUGUUAAUUCGCCUCCACAACGUACACACACGCAUAUACAUAUGCGAUUCAUAAUGUUCGAUAUCAUGCAUAAUAAGGCGCAGGUGAAUUUUUUAAAGGGCCGUAACACUGCCGAGUAAAAAGUUCGGCUCAAUUCACUUCUAUAUUUUUUCUUUAUACAUUUAGAAUCUCCAUUAUGAUCAAAUGUAUUCAUUUAUUUCGAGUCAUCUAUUUUUUUCAAUUGCAUUGAUAAGCGUUCACUUUGUGAACUGAUCCGAGAAGAUAGGUGCUCGUUGUUUGUACAUAAAGAAUUUUUUAAACGAUCUUUAAGCAAUAAUUAUUACGUAGCGAUAAGAUCUAAGAGAGUAUUAUUUACUUCCUUUUAUCAGACGAAUCGUACGACGCGAUGAAAUCCAGUUAAAAAUAAAUAUAAAAAUAUAAAAACAGUCGAAUAAAGGAGAGAGAAAAUCAGAUUUCGGGAGACGUUUUUCUCGGCAGUGUUACAACGUUCAUUGUACGAAACCUAUAUUUCAGACGUCGUCUGUCGUACUUUAGGUUUGUAGCAUCUUCGAGUCUCUCGCACGAUCAUACGAGAAAAGUAAGAAUACAAGUUUGUAUUCUAUACAAGUUUACACCUCCUCAAUUUGAGUACACGCAUUAUAUAUGUACAUAUAUAUAUGUAUACACGACAUAUAUAAAAGUAUAUGUGUACACACACACAUAUACAAAUAAAAACUGUGCGCCUGUGGUCAUAUACCCUAACACGAGCUCUUCUCUCAUACAUAUUUCAUCCCACGUUGUUUUUUUGUACACGUACCCAACGAGGAGGAGGACACGCGGCGUCAUUGAUGCUGGUAAGUGUCUCUCUCGGGCUUCCACGCGAAUGAUGGCUUUGCAUUUAAAUUUACCUCGAAAAAGAAACGACGUCUAGAAAAUGUCGCUAAACGAGGACACGCAGCCGCUCCACCGCGAGACCAGACAUUACUCUUGAUUUUCUUGGUAUCUCUGCUCGUGCUCGUUUCGAUAAAUACGAAAGUUUAUCGCGCUUUUCGGUAGUUUGACGAAACGAGCUAAAAGAAGAAGAUAACGAACGUUAUCAGUACGUGUAGGACCCGACAUUCUUUUUUCCUUGAUGAAACGUCGUCUGAUUUCUUUUCUGGACAAGGAGAAGCGAACGUGAGCCGAAUCAAGCGACAUUUUUAUAAUUGGCCACGAUAAUCCAUAUCUUUCGCGUCCGUGUGCCGCAAUGUUUCCGUUUCGUACGUGCGCGAGCAUGUAAACGAUCGAAUGUUCGACUCCUCGACAACUGUAACCGAACGAUUUCGUGGCCCUGCUGCGAAUUCAUAACGCAUAGCUGAUAGCGAUUUUUAUACUUAAUUAGCCGACAUUAAUUGACGCCUCGUGUACUCGUGCGACGCAGCUGAGAGAACGACUUUACAACAUAUAUUCAGUAGCUAAACGAUGCCGAAUUAUCCUGAAAACUUCUACAUACUUAAUUUUAUCAAUCCUGCCACCUCAAGUUUUUUCCUUAUUAUUUUUUAACUUAUCUCGACUCGCGUCAAGACGUUGUCUUGUCUCUGCAUUCUUCAUACAGUCUCUGUGUAUAUACGAUCCAUCAUUCUCUCAUGAUAUUGAAACAUAUUCUCAGAGAGCGUUUCUCGACGCGCGCGUAAUCCGUUUGUUGAUAGCGCGAGCCGAGACGCAGCCUCGUUUUCAUUAACACGUGACAGCGACGCCGUUUUCACGUCGGAGGGAGAGAAAAGCAAUACCGUCGUUCAUCGCUUUGUAAAUAGCAUAAUAUUUAUUCGAGAGCGAGACUAAAGUGUACCUGUGCAUUCUCCUGGAGGAGGAGUUCUUUUAGGGAGCUACGACUCGCCAGGGGAUUCGUUCACCCUUGCUCCGUUCCUCGCCAUCCCUUUUUUAUAACUUUUCAUUUGUACGUGAGAAUGUACUGCGACGAAUACAUUUACAAUCGAGUGAAUAAGGAAGAUUAGAAUAUCGUGUCUCUAACAGUUGUAGAGAUCACGCGUAUAUUUUAAUUGUAUGAUGCAUAUCCGAAGAGUUGCUGAAAGUACUUCGAAACUCCGAGUCAGGGACGUUGAUAUGAAACUCAGAAAAGCGAGCGAACGAGUUUCGAAGUGGUUUGAGCAAGCGUACUUGUAACACGAACAUGUAAAACUUAUUGAUUUUUAAUAAAUGAUGGAUCGUUUCGAUCCGGAAUCCGUCGACAGGUGAAA